AUGGUGGCUCACUUCGAGCUCUUGGUCACGUUUCUGUUGCUGGGCGCCUGCGGUGCAAAUCCAGUGUGCCCCUUUGCCAGAGACAGCGCAGUGAGGAAGGGAACGAUCACUCACUUUCCUGAAUGCGCCAGGGCCUGUCCCGGAAUGUGCGGAUACGUGGAUUCGGCCCUGCUCCUGCGGGUGGGAGGGCGCUCCCCUUCACCCCAACAGCUUGACGAGCUGCUGUGCCGAAGCGAAGAUGUGUUCUCGUGUGUCUGGAAGGCCAGAGAAUGCUCGGCUUUGCUGGAGGACAUGGUAUUCUGCCCUCUGCUCCGAGCACCAGCAAGCAGGAUGCUGUUCGACAGGAAGUGCAAGAAGCCGCUACCGACAGCGGCUCCGCCGAAGCCAGUGAUGACCAGCACUCAGGCUCCUCGCACCAUGAAGCCUUCCACUACGACGAGUGCCUUCAAGCCAAUAACAGAGACGACCACGGAGGCUCCGCCCGUAACAGAGCUUUCCGCCACGAAGACAGCGUACGAGCCACUUACGACCACAGAGGCUUCGAGCACCACAGCGCUUCCGACACCGACAGCUCCGCAUAAGCCGGGGCUGACAACCUCGAUGACUCUGCGCACAACAGACCUUCCUAGCACGAAGGCUCCGCACAAGCAGCAAACCACCACAGAGACUCCGCAGAAGCCGAGCAGGCGGCAGACGAUCUGGGAUCUCGUGUGGGAUGCUCUCUGCGCACUGCUCGAACCAGUUCUUCGGCUACCGUCCUCACUCAGACAGACGGCCAUCCACCUGUGGAAUGCGCUGUGGAAACAUCAGGGCAGACAUGGCCCGCACCUACAAUCUGAGCCGAGCAACAUAGUCUUGAUGUAA